AUGUCUCGGAAGUCCUUGACACGCCCACCCCGAUUUGCCACGGUCCCCGACGAGAUAUCGGACGACGAUGUCGUGAUACAGGCCAAUGGCGAAAUUGACGCAUUCUUGCCUGGUCUCAAUCGGUGCCAUGUACUGCAUCACGAGGCCGACGAUGAGCGACAUCCCCUUCCUGCCCGCCCGCCGACGGAAGUCUGCUUGGGUGGUUUGCAUUCGGAGACCCCAAACCCUCGACGAGAAUUGGAGGGCUCAGGUCGGACAACUUCUGCUAUCAAUUAUCCCCAGUCUUUCGGCCCUGAGAGCAUUCCGCAAUCACAAAGCAUAGUGUGUGCCGAUGACGUCGCUCCUGCGAUGUUUGCUGAUAGUGUCCGUCGGGAUACUGAGCAUCAACCCCUCGGUCUGGAAUCGGACGGCUCGGAGCCUAUCGUCUUUGCUGGUCAGCAACCUCAAACUGUCGAUUCUGAAGACGAUGCUCAGACUAGAGAGCUUUCAGUUAUUGGAACCAUUGAUCCUGCAAUCCUAAACGGCUAUGACUCUCCGGAUGCUGACCAGGUGCAAACAUCGGAGAGUAUUGCAACACACCGGGCAGACUGUCCCGCGAAGUCCACUCGCUCCCAGAAGAAAGCAUCAUCCCUUCAAGGCAGACGACAGAACUCGAAGGGGACCAUGGGCACUGAUUGCCAGUCAAAAACCACAAAACGUUCGGGUGUGGGGAAAAGGCACAUGAACAAUAGACCCGGCCGGUUCAAUAAAAGUUCCAGUCAUCGCCAGAGCAUUUCUUUCCCUACAGUUCGUGCUCAAUUCUCGGCUCUUUCAGUCGAAGACCGACUGCAGUUCCUAUCCUGGCUGUUUGAGGGUGCUCUAUCUCAUUGCGCCUCUUCGCCUUCCAGCCCCGGUGCCGCUUCUCUGCCAAGAUGUGUCUCAGGCCAAUUUGAUGACAUAACCUACGAGUGUGAUCACACAAGCUUGAACACUGAUCUGGUCGAAGUGCAAGAACGGCCAAAUCAGCAAACGCAAAAGCAAGAGGGUGGAUCUGGUGAAUAUCAAAUUACAUGGGAAGUACAAGAACCGCCAAACGAACAGCCUUUGCAACACGGAACGAAAACAGCUGAGGCGAUGCAACAUGGUGCAGAUGAUGAACAUAUCCAGCACUUGGAAAAAGAUGGUUCCGAACAAGACCAAAAGCCGCCUCCUGAGAUGCUGCCAAAUAUUGUCGCGGCUUCGGUGGCGGAGGAAGCUUCGGUUUCCCAAACAAAUGGCCCUACAGCUGCUGAAGAUAUUGCGGAACGGCCUCGAAGCCUGUCAACCUCUCAACCUACAAAGCCUUUUGCGCAGAUGAGCCUUCCGACCUCUUUGCCUCCAAGGCCGAAUUUUGAAUUUAGGAUAGCUGGGAAACACAUUUACGGUCCACACACAGUCCACCAACUCUUGUUGGUUUUAAGUUACCUUUUCAUUUCUGCAAUGCUUCCUACAGAUGAAGGAGCUCUGUGGAAGGUCAUAUGUCGCCGCGCCCGUGACUGGGAAGAGAGCUUCGUCUUGCUCCAUGGUCAUGUUCAAGGGUGGCUAAUUGGUAUCCGCGAAGCUUUGACUGAGUCCGAUGGGCUGCACACAGUAACAUUGGAAGACAUUGUGCUCCAAACAAGAUAUAUAUUGUUCAUUAUUGGGCAAAAUGCAUCCCCUCAUUCGAGCUUUCUAGCUGAAAACUCGCAAACCGAACACCCUCCGUACCGGCCGUUUGGAGUGAGGGCAAGCGUCGCAUUGAUUUGUCAUGUCUUUGAAGGCAUCCGGGCUGGUGAACUUGAGGGAUAUGAAUCAAAGGAGAUCUGGACUCGCGACCAAAGCUUUCUGUCAACGAUGGCAUGCCGGCUCAAAGAAUCGCCAUUGUUUGGCGCCAAGGUCUCAAUGCAUCAUUUGCAGUCUAUGAUACUAAGCCUACAGAAAGCUUUUCAGUGUGAAGAAAUCCGUGUUUCCAGCAUGAAACCCAUGAUUUUGAGAAUUGAAAGCCAAUUAGAAGUGGCGAGAUAUUACCGCCGGGCAUUUCUAGCUUUCAACCCGAUGCUGUUGCCAAAGAUAUUGGACUCAUUCGGUGAAGCUAAUAUCUCUAUCCUGUCUGAUCCACACCAACUUUGCAAUAUGGAAUGGAGACUUGAAAGAACCAAUCUGGCCUUGCGUCUGGCCGACAUUUUCACGUCACUUACGCCAGAGCGCCUAGACAUUGCUUUCAAAGUCACCCGUGAGAUCCAGCAGUCUAAGGCGGAUAAAGUCGUUGCCAUUGAGAUGUUUCAUGUCAAGUCCUUCGAAGAAACUUACAAGUUAAACAAAAGCUACCCCACCAUUGUUCGGGUUUUUCAUGUUUGA